AUGAUGGACUUUCCUUCUGCUGGCUCGCGGCUACACUUCGAGGGUAAAUGCCAACCUUGUCGCUUCAUUGACCAUCCGGAUGGCUGUCGAAAUGGAUAUGAGUGCAACUUCUGCCACUUUCGGGAUCACGAUGCAUCCAGUGCCAAGACCCAUCGGCCCUCCAAAGGAGUCCGAUCAGGGUACAAGCGGAGCGUCAACCAGGUCAUGCAUUCCGACAUGUCGGAGGAGCAGAAGCUUGAGGCAUACAAGAAGCUGGCAGAGAGGAGUCCUUACAUGCGUUGCUUGCUGCGAGCCGUGGUUCCCAACAUUGACGACCUGCUGGAAGAGCAGGGCCAUGUUGAAGCAGCGAGCUCGAAAUCCACAGACCAACCUCGUGCACCCGGAUUGCAGCCAGCAGCCCAGAUGCCUCGCACACCUGGGCAGCAAGGCCCUGCUAGUUCAAAGCUUUCCUUGUGA